AAAGUUCAGAGCUGUGGUCAUUUGCCGUGCGUAAAAUAUAACCACGUUCGACAAUUGGCACCUUUCCAGGAUAUGAGCAGCCAGCCACAGCUGAUGGUGGUGGGUGGCAGUCUUCACAUGGAUGUACUGCCGAAGGGCUCGCCUGUGAUCCUGAGUCAGCGGUCACUCUUUGGGCGACUGCCAGGUGCCCAGGCACCUGAUGCAGCACACUGGAGUGCCAAGCGAGCACAGGAGGACCCGGACUUUCCCGACCUCAAGCGCAGAUGCAAAGGUGGUGGGGACAAGGGCAGCAAGGGGCUCCGUCACUUCUCCAUGAAGGUGUGCGAAAAGGUUCAGCGUAAGGGAACCACUUCGUACAACGAGGUUGCUGACGAGCUCGUGGCCGAGUUUGCAACACCCGAGGUGGCGGGGCUACGGGGCGGCACAACCGACCAAGCCUAUGACCAGAAGAACAUUCGGCGUCGAGUGUACGACGCGCUCAAUGUGCUCAUGGCCAUGAACAUCAUCUCUAAGGAGAAGAAGGAGAUUCGCUGGCUUGGACUGCCCACCAACUCGGCCCAGGAGUGCCAGCGGCUGGAGCAGGAGAAGCAGCGCCGUCUGGAGGUGAUUGCGGCCAAGCGGCAGCAACUCUAUGACUUGCUACUGCAGCAGAUUGCCUACAAGAACUUGGUGGAGCGCAAUAAAGCUCUCGAGCGCAGUCGGCAGGCCCCUGCACCGGCUUCCACCAUACCUCUACCGUUCAUCAUCAUCAACACUAACAAGCAGACUGUCAUUGACUGCAGCAUCUCCAAUGACAAGUCGGAAUAUUUGUUUCAUUUUGAUGACACAUUCGAAAUCCAUGAUGACAUUGAGGUGCUCAAGCGCAUGGGGCUAGCCCUGGGCCUGGACAAGGGCACAUGCUCCCCAGAGGACCUGGAACGUGCUCGCCGCAUGGUGCCUCGCAGUCUGGAACUCUACGUGCGCCAGAUGGCGCAGGCUGGUGCAGAGGUGGUUCCUGUGGCAAGCGAGGUCCAGCGUGACUCAUCACGGCAUUCAAGUGUUGCAUCACUGUCAGACGGACAGCCAGGUUCCUCUGAGGAUGAAGAUGAUUUCUCGGAUUCAGACUGAAAACCUACGAUCGGUCGUGGCUUGCCAGUCCGGUUAAAUCCACAUGUGCAUGCAUUUCGUUUUCAAAGCUGACCCACAAUGCUUAUUUAGGUGAAAGCUGUACCUUUGCCUUACUCACAUGUAUGGGUGUAAAGUACUUGAUUGCUACAGCUUGGAUGGAAUAAACAUUGU